ACAAAUAUAUUUAUACGGAUAAACAAAUAUUUUCUGAAAUUUUCUCAGAAUGAAGCCAAGAUAAGAAGAGUCAAAGUUUGUUUGUACCCAAUUCACUAUAAAAUAUAUGCAUUCCAGACAAAGUCUUACCAAUGAAUUGUGAGAUCGGUCUGCAUAAAUAAGCAUGCAAUGUAACUCCUACAAGAAAAUGUCCCCCUAUUAAAUUCAUAUAUACACCUUCCCAUUAUACAACGUAAAACUCCAAUGUAAAGAGUUCCACGUGCAAAUUGUGCCUAGUACUCAAAAAAUUUAAAACAACUCAGAAAAACAGAGUCUUUUAAAUCUUUGUUUCAAAUCUCUCGAGACUUUCCUCCUCGUCCUCGAAAGUCGUAAAGUUAUGAGUGAAAGUGAAGUAAAAAGUUUAAAAGGAAAGGAGAGAAGAGGUUGGAUGUCAGUGUCACUUGACGAGAGUCACGCUUUAAAUAUUAUUCCUGCAUUUUUGAAAUUCUCCAUUCUCUCGCUCGCACAAUUUAUGACUAGUUUCAAGGUAAAUAAUAAUAAUAAGCGAAACAGGGGGAAAGUGGGGAUGCGUGUCCCAUUCUUCCUAAACGACUCGCUCCUUUUCCUCCUCUCUGAAUUUAUUUUCCUUGAGACAACGAAUUUGUAAUCGGGCCGACGACCUGUUUUUCCUAUUUGUAUAACAUUGCCCAGCAUAUUUUUAUUGUCAGCGUUGCCCUUGUCGUAAAUUUUGAUCCAGGCGUGACAAAAUUUUUUGGCGUUCUUCUUCAUACACUUUGGGCAAUGAAUUGGACGUGUUUUGGUAGGUAGGGCGAGUUUUGGGUGAAAGUAACCACUUGCAAGAAAUGCGAUUAUUUUGACCUGCAAGAAAUGCAAGGCACAAGAAACUACGCCCCGCCGCUAUAUUUCAUACGGCGUGUGGCUAGAUUGCACUUUCUCCCAGUUUCUUGCACCUCGCAUUUCUUGCGUUUCUUCCUUUCCCGUGCAAGAAAUGUAGCAAACCUGCAAGAAACGAAACCCUGCUGGUAGGAAAGUUGAAGUGCGAGUGGUUCGUUGGUGGGUAAGGUUUAUAUUUACACAUUUACUACCAAAGGAAAUUGAUCGUACGGUACUUUCUAUGUAACGCACUGGAUUUGUUUAUGCUGUCAAAAUUCACUUUCAACUUUCUCCAGAAAGGAAAAUUGUCUCUCCUCUCCUUGAAGUGAGACAGGUGAGGCCACGCAAUAACGGAGGGGAGCCCAUGUAGAAAGCGAGGGAAAGUGUUGCUGGUAAGAAAUCAUGAAAUAAAAUAUCCACGCCAUAAACUGUCUGUCACUGUGUAUCAUAUCGAAGAGAGAGAGGGAAAGAAAUGCCAAAAUACUCCUUAGUCAAUAGUCGAGUCAAUAUUACUUCGCUUCAUACAUAACACUGAAUGAAAAGAAAAGACGAAGGAGAAAAGAAAGGGGUGCGUUUUGUUGUGAGAAAGAGAAAGUGAAAGCAAAGGUAACGUAACGUUAGGAACUUAACAGCAUGGCGUUUCGUAGGUUGAAAGGAAAUAGCUUUCUUUUCUUGGUACAUAUGGACAUGCUUAUUGCGUGGUGGUGCUGAAGAGAAGUAACUGGCCAUGUCUAAAACUUGAGUGCUACAUAGUCAACCAAGCCAAGCAGUGUGUGCACCAUAGUUCAAAGGGAAAUGAUUGUUUUAUUCUUUGUUUUCGAGAAAAUGCUACAUGCUGAUAAGUACACUGUUAAAAAUCUGGUAGGGUCAGAUAUGUACUGCGUACUGGGAUUGAUUUGGUGAUAAUGAUUACCGGAUUGGUAGUAGUUUGUUUCUGAGUGGUAAAUUUUUCAUUGCGACAACUUUAUUAAACGGUAAUGAUAUUAUUACCAGUGCCAGUAGAUCGGUAGAGUCGUACUCUGGUCAGUAAUGAUUUAACACCAGUUUUCUAAGAGUGUACAAAUACAUAUCCGCCAUACACCACGAUUGGCAAGGAUUACACGGCUCCGAAUUUCUCAAAGGAUUUGACAUCCCGUGCACUAAAUGUAUGAUCUGCUCUGUAACGGAUCACGUAAAACGAGACAAAACAAUUUUUCAAUGCUACAUAUUUACAAAAAAAGUUGCGUAAUCACAUUAGGAUUAUGUACAUAUUUUACACCACCACCGCCGCGUUCAGGUUAUUCGUGCUAAGCGUGUAUAUGUAAGUAAAGUAAUGACUGCCUUCAGCGAAAAUGUAUGUGUGUGCGUGUAAUACUAUUUCCCAUGCCGUAAAACCAUCACAUUACAUCCUCCACGAAAGGAACCCUUCAUUCAACGAAGCAACCCCAACCAACAACAAAUGGUGAAACGUUCCCAAAACCUGGGUGAAGUAGAAACCGGGUGAGUUUUUCCAUUCCUUGGAUCACUCGAGGGUUUCAGUCUGCUCUCAGAGCUGAGAGUGAAAUGAUCCUGUGGGGCUCAUUUCUUCGUCUCGUCGGCUACAGGUCUGCCUGGUGACACCGCACUCUUAUUUCUCCCCGACAGUGAAAAAGUCUGCUGAAUCCCAUCAAUUUGUAAAAUGUCGGGAAGUGGUUUACAUAAAAUUUCUUCACUUUCUUCACUCCCACCUAAAGAAACCAAUGAAACGAGUCUUGCAUGAAGUGCUAGAGAGGAAGGUUUAGAAAGUGAUUGGGAUUUUGAGACUGCAUGCAAUCCUUCUUAAUCUUGUUUCCAAUUAAGUCUUGGACAUAAAUCAGAUCAAGCACCACGGGAUCAAGAAGAAGAAGAAGCAACAUCUUACCUACUCGAUCGGGUCUCAUUUUUAACCUCAAUUCCUUCAUCGAUACAUGGGUCUCAAUUCCACCUGAAAUUGACAGGAUUUUCAUUCAAGAGAGGAGGAGGAGGGAAAGUUUUUAAGUGACAGGUAGACGCUAAGAAGUCGUGGUUUGGUUGCACAGACUUGACUGACUCAAUCUCGGUUUGGAAUUUGGUUCCGUUUUAUUCCAUCACCACAGAGAAGAAGAAGAAGAAGAAGAGAUCUCUGUCCGGAGUGAGUGACAGUUUUGUUUUACUGGGCAAAAUAGAGACUUAAUAGAAGAAGGGAGAAAGUUUGGUGAUUCGCCAUUUUUUUACAAGGCUAUAACGAGACUUGAGCUGCUUUUUCCGGGGCAGAUUGUACGGUCAGAAAACACACUUAUCAUUGCUUAUCGUGUAAUAAGUGGACGAUAAAAGAAAAACUUUGUGGAGAAGCGGAACGCUAACUAACACGGAUUCGUGAAAUUAUUAUUUGAAAUUUCGUAUUCAGCCGAGACGUACCCAGAAGAUUUGAUCAUUUUGAACUCUGCUAACCAAAGAUGGAGACGAGCCAUCAAAUUUGCAUAAUCUUGAUGCUAAUCAUCAUCGUGUCGGCGGGUGAAAGUGGGCUUUCUCCAGAUUUGCGGAUUUCUCCUCAAGCUUCCUCCCUCAUUGCGGAACCACCACCACCACAUCGGGCAGGGCUGGAAGGAUGUCAUUUUCCGGUGAGAUGGGAAGGCAACUGGUUCCAAUCCGGUGUGCAUCAAACAAUCACAAUCAAUCGGAACACGAUCAACACGAAGGGACGAUGCUUAGAGAUGGAUGGAGAAAAGUAUCUCGUCUAUAAUGAGAAGGAGAACUGCUAUCGGUGCGGAAUUUUUCACGAGCGGCACUACAAUUUGAUCACGUACAAGGAAACGUUCUGCAUUACGGAGAGGACCUCGAUCGAGAAUCUCUGCAGAACGGAUAAGUUUUCUGAAAAUUUGUACUCAAUGUUCCGCUUGGACGCGGUGCCGAUCGACUGUCCAUUCCGAGCACCGAUGACUUUUACGUACAAUGAGUGUCGAAACCCGGUCUCAAGUAUUGAGGCGUGUUUAAAACCGUCCCAAUUGUUGUUUAACUAUCAAGCGUGUGCUGAUAUUCCGGGCAGUGAAUCGACGGUGGAAGAGUUGAGCUGUCUCGGCUCCUGGAAGGAGGGAUCUUACCGCUAUCUCGUCGGGUUAAUUUCCUACCAGCAUCACGCCUCUUAUGAAGAAAGGUUCAGGUGCUUUGUCUACGAGAAAGUGAAGAAGGGGUCGAUAGGGCUGGGCCUUUUGGGGCAUCAAGGAUAUUCCAACAGCAUUGUUCGAAGUUCACCAUUAACAUUUAAUUCGACUUCCUCGUCCUCCUCGUCCGCGUCCCUGACAUCCGAUGCGAACAGCAAUAAUAACAAUAACGCCAACUCCAACACGGUCUUGUACCGCAUCUCGGUCGGUGCGGAUGCGACGUGUGAUGGCCUUUCCCCGUACGAGGGAUCCAGAACCAUGACUUUCAGACGAGCUGUCCAGCCCCCGAAGCAGUGCUACUUUCCAUCCUGGCUGCAAAUCCAUGCUCGUUGGCACACCCUGGAUCAAAGGACACUCUUCAUGUUUAAUUCCACCGUGAUGCGAAUGGCAAAUGGGUCAAAGGAGCACGUCGCAAAUAUCGGGACAACCACGGACCUUAACAACUUUGCGAAUCCAAACGUUUUGACAAGCAUUGCCCUCUGCUCGCAAAUUGUGGAAAAUCCGUCGCCCGAUGAAUACACGGUGGUCUUACAGGUCACCUCGUCCCAGUGCUUUCUCAACCCGUCCUACAUUUGUUCACGGAUUGUUCGAAGAGAUACGCACAUAGUUGAGAUGCAAAUGGGGACAUUAACUCGACAAGCUGACGAUGCCUGUCAUCCCAUCAAUUUCAACGCUAAUCAGUUGCCGUAUACGACGCUAACUUCGUCCAACUCUGCAAAAAAGCGGUGUCCAAGUCUGGGUCACUUUGGCAUCACGAGUCUCGCUCAGGAGGGUCGAAGUGUGCGAGACACGUGUAAAAAUGGUCACCGAUCCUUCUCCGUGGGCUGCAGUAGCAAAAAUACGAUGGAAUUUCGAGUCCUCUGCAACACGGAUGCCCAUCCUGAAGUUGUUUCCGAGUACGCAUGUCACGGUUGGUGGGAAGAGAAUGGCAUAAAUUACCUGAUAACCACGCUGACAUCGCGAUCCAUCUCGUCUCCGGGACCACGAAAGUACUGCUUCAUCUACCGCGACAUGCCAAUCCCCCUCGAGUCGAAGACAUAUCAAGAAAAGUUAAAGUUGCGAAAGAAAUCCUUCAUCGGUGGUGACGACGAGCUUUUCCAGGAUCACGAUUUCCAACGGAUAAUGCAAUUCUCAGCAAUACUUGAUUCCUGUUCACGCGACGUGUCUCCAGGGAUCGAGGGUUUUCUCGCCUUCAACGUGACAAGCAAAGGACGUUGCAACGACAUAUCAGGGUCAUCAAUACCAACCCUCUUGACAGACUUAUGGCUGCUUGCCACCAUUGUGCAGAUGGUGAUUGCGAUGCAGUAGUGGCUCCUGAGAUGAUAUCGUCCCAUCAUUGUAAUGAAAUGGGGAAGCUCCUUGUCCUCCUCGUCGUUGGCGUCUCGUCGUCAAAUAUUCUGAAAAAGUACGUACCACGCUGCGCUUACAGGGGAACAAAAAGAUUUCUUUGGUUGAUCUUCUUCUUGAGAAGGGAUGCGUUUUAGAAUAAUGGAUACGACACGGAGAGAGAGAGAGAAAGUUGCAGAAGAGAAGUAAAUAAUGUCAUCGCCAUGUGUUGCACUGUCUGCGAUGACUUUCACUGCUGGACGAGCACAAGAAAAAAAUCCAGUUUUUUUGCAAUGUAUGUAGUAUAAUCACUACCACCAGUGGCCGCGGAAGUUACGCUGUGGGACAUUAACAUUGUAGGAUAGG